AUGGCGAACUCGGGCCUACAAAUCGUGGCAUAUUUUCUCAAUGUCAUUGGUUUUGUUUUGACGAUUCUUGCAAUAGUUCUUCCAAUGUGGAAAAGAGACGAUCCUUACGGCAAGCAAAUCGAGACCCAACAGAAAUUCGUCGGCCUUUGGUACGAAUGUGAUAGAAUCGGAGCCCUUUGGAACUGCGAAAAAGAGAAACGAUUCUUUCUCACACUUUCGACAGAGGUUCAACUAGCGAAGGGCACACUGAUUACUGCUUGCGCUCUGAGUCUGAUUGCCGCGCUUUUGGGCAUUGUCGGCCUUGAGUGCACGAAAUUAGGAGAAUCAAGCCAUGGAGAAGAAUCUAUGAAGGGAAAGAUCGGAGUCGUGUCAGGAGGACUUAUAGUCAUUUCCGGGAUACUUGUAGCAAUCGGUAUCAAUUACUACGCUGUUACUGUAUAUCAAAACUUCGAUGGCAGUAUGAUGAGAUCAGAUAGUGGUAUUCAUUAUAUCUACGGACCUUGUCUCAUAAUAGGAUGGGUCGAUAUGGUCGUCAAAAUUCUGGCUGGGGCGGCAAUGAUCCUUGGCUCUCUAGGAAGCGAUGGUGACGAUGAUGGCGGCCGAUUUGAUGCCGGUCCUUACAUUUCCGGACAACCGCUUCAAAAUUCCGACAAAUGGAAGUACUACACAUGA